GGGUCCAAAGAGCUUAAUCCUCCAGUCUUCAGUGAUGAACCUGGACCCUCAGACUCACAAGAGAAGAGGAGAGGUGUCUCUGUGGAGGAGCAGCUGUCCAGCUGUGCUCUGUGUCAGGACGUCCUGAAGGAUCCAGUCUCUACCAGCUGUGGACACUGGUUCUGCAGAAAGUGCUUCACCUCAUACUGGGACCAGUCUGGUUCUUCAGGAGACUCCUCCUGUCCCCAGUGUGGACAAAGACCCAGAACAAGACCUGGACUGCAGACAGCCAGUCAGACCAGCACUGAACAAACAGAUAGUGGUCUGCAGGAGGUUUUAGAUCAACAUAAGAUCAGUCUGAGGAGCAGAUGUGAACAUGUGACUGAAGGAACUGAUGGAACAGGAAGUGGAACCCUCCUCAACAGGAUCUACACUGAGCUCCACAUCACAGAGGGACAGAGUGAAGAGGUUAAUACCCAACAUGAGGUGAGGCAGCUGGAGACAACUUCCAAGAUGGAGACCCUCCAUGACGCUCCAAUCAGGUGCCACGACAUCUUUAAAGUCUUACCUGACCAACAGAGAGAAGACAGACCCAUCAGAGUGGUUCUGACCAAUGGCAUCGCUGGCGUUGGAAAAACCUUCUCAGUGCAGAAGUUCUCUCUGGACUGGGCAGAGGGCUCGGAGAACCAAGAUGUCAGUCUGCUGGUUCUGCUUUCGUUCAGGGAGCUGAACCUGAUCAGAGAUCAGCAGUACAGUCUUCUCAGGCUGCUCCAUGUUUUCCAUCCAACAUUACAGAAGGUCACAGCAGAGCAGCUCGCUGUCUGUAAAGUUCUGUUCAUCUUUGACGGCCUGGAUGAAAGCAGACUGUCACUGGAUUUCAACAACAGGGAGGUUGUGUCUGAUGUCACACAGGAGUCAUCAGUCAACGUGCUGCUGACAAACCUCAUCAGGGGGAAUCUGCUUCCCUCGGCUCUCGUCUGGAUAACUUCCAGACCUGCGGCGGCCAAUCAGAUCCCUCCUACAUGUGUGGACAGGGUAACAGAAGUACGAGGCUUCACUGACGCCCAGAAGGAGGAGUACUUCAGGAGGAGAUCCAGUGAUGAAGAGCUGUCCAGCAGAAUCAUCUCACACAUCAAGACGUCCAGGAGCCUCCACAUCAUGUGUCAAGUCCCAGUCUUCUGCUGGAUCACUGCUACAGUUCUGGAGCACAUGUUGACCACAGACCAGAGAGGAGAGCUGCCCCAGACCCUGACUGACCUGUUCUCACACUUCCUGCUGGUUCAGACACAGAGGAAGAAGAACAAGUACCAUGAGGGACGUGAGACGAGUCCACAGGAGCUGACGGAGGCUGACGGGGAAGUUCUUCUGAAGCUGGGGAGGCUGGCGUUUGAACAUCUGGAGAAAGGAAACAUCAUGUUCUACCAAGAAGACCUGGAGCAGUGUGGUCUCGAUGUCACAGAGGCCUCGGUGUACUCAGGACUUUGUACUGAGAUCUUCAGAAGAGAGAGUGUGAUCUUCCAGAAAACAGUCUACUGCUUUGUUCAUCUGAGCGUUCAGGAGUUUCUGGCUGCAGUCUACAUGUUCCACUGUUACACCAACAGGAAGACAGAGGUCCUGGAGAACUUCCUGGGGAAACAACAUGUUGAUUUAACCCUGGAUGUCUUCCUGAGGGCAGCCAUGGAGAAAUCCCUCAAAAGUAAAAAUGGUCACCUGGACCUGUUUGUCCGCUUCCUUCAUGGCCUCUCUCUGGAGUCCAACCAGAGACUCUUAGGAGGUCUGCUGGGUCAGACAGAGAACAGUCCAGAAACCAUCCAGAGAGCCAUCAACAACCUGAAGAAGAUGAACAGAGAUGAUAUCUCUCCUGACAGAAGCAUCAACAUCUUCCACUGUCUGAUGGAGAUGAAGGAUCACUCAGUUCAUCAGGAGAUCCAAGAGUUCCUGAAGUCAGAGAACAGAUCAAAGAAGAGACUCUCUGAGAUCCACUGCUCAGCUCUGGCCUACAUGCUGCAGAUGUCAGAGGAGGUUCUGGAGGAGUUGGACCUGAAGAAGUACAACACAUCAUGGGAGGGACGACGGAGACUGAUCCCAGCUGUGAGGAACUGCAGAAAGGCUGGACUUGUUAACUGUGGACUCUCAGAGACUCACUGUGAAGUCGUGGCCUCAGCUCUGAAGUCCAACCCCUCCCAUCUGAGAGAACUGGACCUGAGUGACAACGACCUGCAGGAUUCAGGAGUGAAGCUUCUGUCUGCUGCACUGGAGAGUCCAAACUGUAGACUGGAGACUCUGAGAUUGGAGGGCUGCAGUUUGUCAGAGAUCAGCUGUUCUUCUCUGGUCUCAGCUCUGAAGUCCAACCCCUCCCAUCUGAGACACCUGUACCUGAGUCACAGCGACCUGCAGGAUUCAGGAGUGAAGGGUCUGUGUGGUUUUCUGGAGAGUCCAGACUGUAGACUGGAGACUCUGAGAUUGAGGAACUGCAGUUUGUCAGAGAUCAGCUGUUCUUCUCUGGCCUCAGCUCUGAAGUCCAACCCCUCCCAUCUGAGAGAACUGGACCUGAGUCACAACAACCUGCAGGAUUCAGGAGUGAAGGGUCUGUGUGGUUUUCUGGAGAGUCCAGACUGUAGACUGGAGACUCUGAGGUUGAAGAGCUGCAGUUUGUCAGAGAUCAGCUGUUCUUCUCUGGCCUCAGCUCUGAAGUACAACCCCUCCCAUCUGAGAGAACUGGACCUGAGUCAGAACAACCUGCAGGAUUCAGGAGUGAAGGGUCUGUGUGGUUUUCUGGAGAGUCCAGACUGUAGACUGGAGACUCUGAGAUUGGAGCGCUGCAGUUUGUCAGAGAUCAGCUGUUCUUCUCUGGCCUCAGCUCUGAAGUCCAACCCCUCCCAUCUGAGAGAACUGGACCUGAGACUCAACAAGAACCUGCAGGAUUCAGGAGUGAAGGAGCUGCAUGAUCUCAUGGAGAGUCCAGACUGUAGACUGGAGACUCUGAGCUGGAGGUGAUCUGUCUACAGAGAGGGAAGAGGAGAGGAGAGCUUCAUCCAGCAGUGACUGACAGAGGAAUCAGAAGAAGUGGAGAUGACUCUCAGUGCUGAAACACACACUUCCUGUUUGUGUUGCUCUCAACAGUCUGAGCUUCACAAAGAGGGACUUUCAGUGUAAAAUGACUUUAACUCUGAAGAUGAGUUUGACUCAGACGGUUGAAGCCUCGUGUUCUUCAGCUGAACUUUAGGAGAUAUUAUUGUAGGAGGAACAUGUUGUUGUUAUCCUCCAUCUCUUCAUUAAUGUUGUGACCAACAGCUCUGUCAGUGUGUAAAUAGACAUGUGACGUGUUUUCAGACAGGCUGUCCAUUAUAAUGUAGAGUCAACAAAUAUCAUUGCUUUAAUUCAUCUUUAAUUAACUGAUUUUAAAUCAUCCUUUAUGGUAAAUAAUGUGUUUAUAUUUACUUCCUGUUCUUACAGCCUGAUCUCUGACUCAUGUUUAGUUCACCUGUUUUUAUAGCAGAAUAAUAAUUCACUGUAAAUUCAAAUGUAACUUUAUUUAAUCACAAUGAAAACACAGUGAAGGAG